AUGGCCGAUGGAACCGAACCCCAAGGGAUAACCGCCCAGGGCGAUCCGUCUACCCAGGAGACGACUGCCCUUGAAUCUCAUCCAGACUUAAUGCCCCCUGUGAUUAGGGGGUGGCAUGCCCGACCAACCACCUGGCAGGUGGAAUUUACCGCUCCAGCAAGGCCAACGCCCAGUCAAACUAUCAGUCCAACUGCCAGCCAGACUGUUGGCAAUAUUACUAGAGCUUCGCCCCUUACAACUGAAGAUGAUCUCAAUUUACUACGCAUUGCCGUUCACUAUAAAGAUCGGUUUACUACGAUGAAGGGUAAUGCCGUUCUGUAUGAGGCUAUUGCGAAAGUAUGGAGGGCCGAUACUGGGCGGAAAAUAAACCACCAAACAGUUCAUAAGCACAUCACUGAUAAGCUGAAAGAGCAUCGCGCUUUAAUUUCUAUACCGGAAACCAGCCGACCUAGAAUGAACGCUACCGAAGCUGCUAUUUUUGACCAUACCAAUGAGAUAUAUGAAGUGCUACGAGAGAAGUCAGUAGCAGAGGCACGACGAAAGCGACUCGUUGAUGAAUUAAUACCACGAGGGAGGGAUAAACGGCCUAGAGAACCGGAAAAUUCUAGGGAGGAAGAAAGUGAGCGUCCAACAGCUCGGCCACGACCACUAUCUCCCUCACUAGCACCCGCCUCGCCAUCACUACAAACAGAAAUGGCCUUAUUUCUUAGUAUGAUGAAUAGUCGAGCAGCUAUCGAGGCCUCAACUGGGGCUAAAAAGGAAGAUAUCACUAGGCUUGAAGCUCGAAUUGAUAGCAUGGCUGCUACUAUGGAGGGGAUGAUGGCUUUGCUUAGAACCCUUACCCCGUGGCCUCCAAGGCCCAAUUAA